GCAUCGAAGUCCAGGCUCCAGGCCCAGGCAGUGCCCAGGGCAGGACGAUGGCCAGUGGGGGCAACAACUUCAGCGCCAGGAUGCCUGCAGACCAGAGCAUAGAUGACACGUUUAUCCGUGACAUUUUAUUAAAUCACUUCAGAAGACAUAAGGUCGAGAUUUCAAAAGCAAUAAAAAAGGAAUUUCCUUUCCUUGAGGUUCUUCGUGACCGUGACUUCAUCACCAAUAGAAUGUAUGAAGAUUGUCAAGAAUCUUGUAGAAACCUGGUCCCUGUGCAGAGAGUAGUGUACAAUGUUCUCAGUCAACUGGAGAAGACAUUUCAGCUGCCACUUCUGGACGCAUUGUUCAGCGAGGCCAACAAACAGGAAUACCCUGACUUAAAUAACAUUUAUAAAGGCUUUGAAAAUGCGGUCCAUGAAGCACUUUGUCAACAAGACAGUGAUGAAGAGAGUGUGGAGAACCCUAACACCCAACUAAGCCUUGAACAAGGAACUAGUGGAAGCUCAUAUCAAUGCCUGACCUGGAUCCACCCACAUCCCUCAGAUUGCAAUGGUACAGCCACAGCUGAAAAUAGACCCUCAGAGGACCGCCGUGAAACAGAACAGACAAAUGUGAAGAGAAAAGGUACGACCUGUAACAACAAAGAUGCACCAGGAGGCCAACAAGCAAACGAACAACGUGCCCAAGAGUCUGAGCCCGCAGAGUCCUGCAAACAAGUACCCAUCCAAGGAAAUUAUGAAAAUGCAAAAACCGAGGCACCCAGCCCAUUGCCCUCUGAUGACGAAAUGAUCAGCAGUGAGGACUCCAGUGAUGGAGACGACCGCCCCAAAGCCUUCACCAGGGAACAAAGAAGGAAGGCUGAAUCAAACAAGAGGGGAGAGAUCCGAGAAGUCACCUACUCAGCCCCCAAGACUGCAUCACAGGCCGUGGAUUUGAGAGAAUCACCUCCUUGCAGGAAAAGACUUUGGAAAACUGGUUCUUCAGAUAUUGGAAAACAACCUACUUUGAAGAUGAGAAAUGUGAAACUACGGCUAGUCAUUGGUGACUCUUCAGAAUCGAGUAACGGAGAAGAGCCUCAGGAAACGUCUAGUUCAGCCCUAAGAAAUGGGUCAGGAGCAGAGCUCCAAGGACUUGGAAAUAAGAAGUGUUCCUGCGUCAUGUGUUCAUCAAAGGAUGUUCCAAGAGGCCAAGAGGCAGGGACGGAAAGUAGCCAAGCAUCUGACACGAUGGGUGCCACGGACACUGGAAGCAGAUCUACUGUGGAAAAACACAGUGGAAAAAGAAGAGAAAAGGUACAACACAUCAAUAAAAUAAAUAGUCUCCAAAGAGUGAGAAACAGAGGCAGACAUAGAAUCCAGUCUCUGAAUAACAAAGUCCCAUGGAAAAGAAACAAUUCAAAAGGGAUAAAAGCUGGCAACACUGGGCCUUUGAAAAGAUCCAGAAAAAGAGGUCCAAGAAUUCCCAGAGAUACAAAUAUGGACUUUAAACCUCCUAUACUUCCCGUGACCUGCGGUCAGGUGAAGGGGAUGUUGUACAAGGAGAAAAUGAAAGAAGGAAUCUCGGCAAAAUGCAUAAGGACCAAGGAUGGGAAGCAGCUCACCCUCAAGGAGUUUGAGGUCGAAGGAAGCCACGAGCGGUCCAAGAACUGGAGGCUGAGCGUGCGCUGCGGGGGGUGGCCCCUCAAGUGCCUGAUCCAGAAAGGACACCUCCCAGACCCACCGAGAACCAGGAGAAAGACAAUACCAGAGUUUCACAGUGAUGAGUUUAUUGACCCAUAUCCGGAAAACUUCAAUGAAUGUGAGGUGUGCCGGAAAAGAGGAAAGCUGUUCUGCUGCGAUACUUGUCCAAGGUCCUUUCAUGAGAAAUGCCACAUCUGUCAUAUUGAUCCCGACAGGAACCCAUGGAGUUGCAUCUUCUGCCAGAUAAAGUCUAUUCCGGAAAGUCGACCAUGUCAGGAAUCAGAGGUCCUGAAGAGGAAGAUGCUGCCUGAGGAGUGGUUGAAAUGUCAGUUCCUCCUCUUGAAGGUCUAUUGCUGUUCAGAAAGCCCCUUUUUUGCCUCAAAACCGAAUAAUAGUGAAAACUCAGCUGAGGACCUGAAGAAAUGUAUGUGGUUAAACAAAAUCAGGAUAAAGCUGACUUGGAAGAUGUACACCCAAGUGAAGGGGUUUGUGCAGGACAUGCGCCUCAUCUUUCAGAACCACAGGGCAAUUUACAGGGACCACGAAUUCCUCAGGCUGGGAAUUCAACUAGAGGCCAAGUUUGAGUAUCAUUUCAAAAACAUUUUUGCAAUUCAGGAAACCAGCAAGUAAAGCUCGCAGUCCGAGCCCCUUCCCUCGUGGUGGUGUCCAUCUCUCUUGCCCCCUUCGGGCCUCCAGCUGCACGCGGUCAAGUGCCCUGGUCCCACUGACCAUCUGCCCAUUGCUGUGCAACCGACAUCGUAUCACACUUCUUUUUUCAAACUUUCUUUGUCACUAUUCCUGUUCAUUUAUUUUUCUAAAAUUGCUUUGUCCAAUUCUCUUAUUAAAUAAUUUGGAGUGAAAUUUACAAUAGAAAAUAUUGAGUCUCUCUAUAAAGGAUCAUCAUAUUAUGUGCUUCCAUUUACUUGAGAUUAUUUAUUAUGUUCUUAAGUAAAGUCUUCUGUUCUCUCCUCCUCUCCACAUAGAACUUAUUCAUUUCUCUCUUUUUUACUGUCAGGUAUGUUAUGCUUUUUCUUGUUAUUCUGAAAGUGCGCUUUCUCCCAUUGCAGUUUCUUACUGAUCACUGCCUGUUAGGAAGCCCCUGUGAUUUACACAUUUUGGUGGCCGACGACCACACCGAGUGCUCUUUUGCCUUCACCGCCCCACGCCCGCCCCGCGCCCGCCCCGCGCGUCAGGACGCCCCCGGCAGACACGCAGCGUUUCCAGCGCUCGGCUCAGAGCCAGAGCCCUGACUGGCACCUGAUGGAAGGCUCCUGAUGCGGGCACGGGAACCUCUGCGGGUCCUUGGUCCCUUCGGGGAACGGUCACCACGGCAUCCUGGUGAACCUGCAUGUCUCCCCGCGGCCCACACAGGCAACACUUCAGUGCGGCUGGUCUGACCUAGGUCUGGGCAGAAUGGCCUGUGACUUCCCUAAACCACAGAGCCUGGGGGGCUUGUGAGGAGCCGCUGUGCAGCCACUUCCCACCCAUCACCUUCUCUCCAAGUGCUGUCACGACCCUCUCCUUGCCUCCCAAGUUCUGGUGAGGUAGGAGGCCUUCUGAUUCCUCUGUUAGGGCACAGCCGUAGGCCACACAGCUGCUUGGCUGCAACAGGAAUGCGGACGGUCACUCAUGUCGCACCAUGUGGCAUGCGCAUCCCUUUUGCUUUGGUACAAUCCUACGGGACAGAGGAGUGGGAAGCUGGCACCUUUCCUCUUUUGCCUUUGUUGUGCAUGUAAUAAACUGUCUGAACACUAAAA